AUGGUAGUCUCCUUUGGCACCCUUAUUCCGCUGUUGGCGGGUGCCGCACUGAAAGCGACACCUGCCGCGGCCGGCUUAACAACUGCGGUCGGGGCAGCGAUUAGUGCCGCCACAGCCGUUAUCGGUGUCGGCAAGCUAGCGAUAGUACCGAUUCUGAUCGCCUCGCUCGCCUACUACAACUACGAUCUGUUUGAUCCGGAGAAUCGACCGUUUAAUGUGCCGGAGGUGGACCGAGAGUAUGACUUCAUCGUGGUCGGUGCGGGCUCGGCUGGUGCGGUCGUUGCCUCGCGCCUUUCCGAGAUAGGCGGCUGGAAGGUACUGCUGCUCGAGGCGGGCGGACACGAGACCGAGGUCUCCGACGUGCCUAUCCUGUCGCUAUAUCUGCACAAAAGCAAGCUGGAUUGGAAGUACAGAACCCAGCCACAGAAGACGGCAUGUCAGGCGAUGAAGGAUAACCGCUGUUGCUGGACCCGAGGCAAGGUCCUCGGCGGCUCGUCGGUACUCAACACGAUGCUGUACAUUCGUGGCAAUAAGCGCGACUUCGACCUGUGGCGGGCGCUGGGCAAUCCUGGCUGGGGCUACGAGGACGUCCUGCCGUACUUCCGCAAGUCGGAAGACCAACGGAACCCCUACCUGGCGCGCAAUAAACGACAGCACGGAACAGGAGGGCUGUUGCAAGUACAAGAUGCUCCAUAUUUGACGCCACUCGGGGUAUCCUUCCUACAGGCCGGCGAAGAGAUGGGUUACGAUAUAGUGGACGUUAACGGCGAGCAGCAGACCGGAUUUGCCUUCUUCCAGUUCACGAUGCGCCGCGGUACGCGUUGCAGUACUUCGAAAGCAUUCCUGCGGCCGGUGCGCAACCGUAAAAAUCUGCACGUUGCCCUGUUCGCGCACGUGACGCGCGUCAUACUGGAUCCGGAAUCGCGCCGUGCGCUGGGUGUGGAGUUUAUACGCGAAGGCAAAACGCACCAGGCCUUUGCAACGCGCGAGGUGAUCCUUUCGGCCGGAGCUAUCGGUACACCGCAUCUGCUGAUGUUGUCCGGUAUUGGACCGCGGGAAAAUCUCGAACGUGUCGGCGUGCCGGUCAUGCACGAUCUACCCGGUGUGGGACAAAAUCUGCAGGACCAUAUCGCUGUGGGUGGAUUGGUGUUCCGCAUCGAUCAACCCAUCUCGGUUAUUAUGAACCGUUUGGUGAACCUGAACUCGGCGCUCCGAUAUGCCGUCACCGAGGACGGGCCACUGACGAGCAGUAUCGGGCUGGAGGCGGUCGGUUUCAUCAGCACCAAGUAUGCAAACCAGACGGACGAUUGGCCGGAUAUUGAGUUCAUGUUGACCAGCGCCUCGACCCCAUCGGACGGUGGCGAUCAGGUGAAGAAAGCGCACGGUCUUAAGGAUGAGUUCUACGAGGACAUGUUCAGCUCUAUCAACAACCAGGAUGUGUUCGGCGUCUUCCCCAUGAUGUUGCGUCCCAAAAGCCGCGGAUUCAUUCGCUUACAGUCGCGUAAUCCUCUGCGUUAUCCGCUGCUUUACCACAACUACCUCACACAUCCGGACGAUGUUGGGGUACUGCGCGAAGGAGUAAAGGCUGCGAUCGCGUUCGGGGAAACGCAGGCCAUGAAGCGGUUCGGUGCACGGUUCCACAGCAAGCAGGUACCGAACUGUCGCCAUCUGCCGGAGUUUACCGACGAGUACUGGGACUGCGCCAUCCGGCAGUAUACCAUGACGAUCUAUCACAUGUCCGGCACGGCGAAAAUGGGCCCUCCGGAUGAUCCGUGGGCAGUCGUCGAUCCGAAGCUACGUGUGUACGGCAUCAAAGGGCUGCGCGUUAUCGACGCCAGCAUAAUGCCGCGCAUCACGAGCGGCAACAUUAAUGCACCCGUUAUCAUGAUCGGUGAGAAGGGUGCCGAUCUGAUCAAGGAACUGUGGCUUAAGAAGGGCUACUCACGCCGAGGGAAGCGACAGCAGUUUUCCAACGAAACAUUAAGCGAUGCCAAACCAACAGAUUCGAUUGAGUUGGUAAAUGCAACCAGCACCAUCACGCCCUGCGCUAACGAAACCGUUGUUAGCUAA